GACUCUGGCCUGGGCUCAGCAGUCGUGUGAGGAGGUUGUGGCGUCUGCUUCUUCCAGGCUGUUUGAGCCAGGAUGAUCGAGGUUGUUUGCAACGACUGUCUGGGGAAGAAGGUGCGCGUUAAGUGCAAUACGGAUGACACCAUCGGGGACCUUAAGAAGCUGAUCGCAGCCCAAACUGGCACCCGUUGGAACAAGAUCGUACUGAAGAAGUGGUACACGAUUUUUAACGACCACGUGUCUCUGGGGGACUAUGAAAUCCACGAUGGGAUGAACCUGGAGCUUUAUUACCAAUAGAGCAGAAUUCCUUCUUCCUGCCCUUCCCCCUCCUCCCACCCUCACUCCCCACACUAAUAUGGAUGCUUGUUUUUGGAAACUCAUGUUAAUAAAAACUUAGAGG